AAUGACAGAACUCGAAGGCCAAACACAUAUACGUCCACACUUGUUAAAAGUGAAAUGUUUACAUAUCUUUAGUAACAUGUUUUUAGGAUUAAAUAGACAACUUACGAUAGUGAAAUUAAUUACAAUAUUUGCCAUAGUAUUCAUGUUGUUAAUAUUAUUAUUAAAUUUGCUACACAACUCGUGUUUACACACGACUAAACAUAUAAAAUCUGCAAAUUAUAUUUACAAUGAAUAUUACAAACAUUAUGAUCCAGUCAGAAAUAAAUCUAGUUCAAGUAUUUUAACCACAAAGGAAAUGGAAGCCAUAAAAAUCGAAUUUGACGAUAGAAAAAAUAAGUUAGAAACAUAUUGCAAAACUAUAGUAAGACCAGAAUCAAACUUGGACAAUGUACUGUCUAACAUGGUCAUCGAUACGGUACAUGGAAUAUCGUGGUGUCCUAUAUACAAAGUUGCCAGUUCCAUAUGGAUGAAGCAUUUUGCUACACUUGGAGGAGUAUUAACAGAAACAGCUAUGGAACUGAUUCGCAGAGAUAUUUUACAAAUUAACACAAUUGUUAGAAAAGCAUUCCCACGUGACAGAGACAUGAAAAAAGCAUAUCAAAAACUGAAUAAAACACUAAAAUUUUUGAUUGUUCGACAUCCGUUCGAACGUCUUGUAUCUGCGUAUAGAGAUAAAUUAGAACACAUACAAGGAAGAGAUUACUAUUAUAAAAGAUUUGGACGUCAUAUUACACACAAGUAUCACAAAUAUAGACAACCAAAUGAAACUAAAAUAGAGCCCACAUUUACAGAAUUUCUCCGCUUUAUAGUAGAAGAAAAAUAUUUUGAUGAACAUUGGGCACCAUAUGUUGAUACAUGCGAACCUUGUUUAAUUACGUACAAUUACAUUUUGAAAUUUGAUACCUUCGACAGAGAUCAACAGUUUCUAAUACAAGAACUAGGUAUAAGCGAUUAUUUAUAUGAUAGAAAUGAUUUAAGAAACAUAAAUCCACGAGGAGUUACAACUACUGCUAUAGUUAAAGAAUACAUGCAGAAUGUUCCUCGGUCAUUGCUCGAUGAUAUUAAUAAGGUUUAUGAAAGUGAUUUUAAGCUAUUUUCUUAUUUACCUCUGUGACAACAGUUUACAACAUUUGUUACUAGUGAUACAAAUUCUAAUGUGAUAAAUAAUUACACUUAACCCCAACCCAUGCAUCGAUGAUCUCAAACACAGAGUGUGUAACUUUUUAAUUCACGUAUUGUGUAAUUAUUUGAAUUGUCCUUACUUGUCCAAAGCGGUGUAUGACGUAAUACUGCCAUAACGUAUAAUUGCAAUAUUAAUUGCGGAGCAGCCCCCAUAAAUGAUUCGAACAGGUGUAACAUGCAUAUAUCACUUUCUUGUCUAUAUACCCAGUUUUUAUCCUUUACAAAUCGUUUGCUCCUCAAUGAAUAAAUUGUGGCAUAAAGUAAUAUUAAAUACCUAAAAAUAAAAGUACCUUCCCUGAGAGAAAACAUAACUAAUAAUUAUAAAUUAAUUCAAAGAAAGUUGUUUUAAAAUACCUUUGCAAUACUCCUAAAAAGAAAAAAUGUAAUAGCCAAUGUACAGUUUUGAUAGAACCAUCACUGUGAUACCAUCUCAAACUAAACAUCUGAAUAACAGCAGCGGGUAAAAUUGUAAAACUCAUAGCAAAGCAUCCCCAAAUAAAUUGGCCUUGUAAAAAAUAUUCCAUGAAAACAAUACUGUCUACAACAAAAAUUAAAUUGUAAUUUAUACGUAUUUUACGGAUGCUCUUAUUAAAUGCAUUACAUUCACGAAGAUUAAACAUAUCAACUUUAAUUUCUCUCAUAAUUUGCAUUUAAAAUUUGCAUCAAGAUUAAAAGGCAUCAAUUAAGCGAGACUUUGUUUUAUGUAAAAACACAUUUAAUUAAAGCUUAUGUUUAUUAUAUAAUACAUCAAGCGUAUAUAAAAGUCAGAAAAAUCUUAAAAAAUU